AUGUAUCAUAUUUCUUGUUGUCCUUAGAUCUGCCUCCUCCCACCACAAGGGAAAGACCUCCUGGAUGCAAGACGGUAUUUGUUGGAGGACUGCCAGAAAAUGCAACAGAAGAGACUGUUGUGGAGAUUUUUGAGCAGUGUGGAGAGAUCUUAGCGCUUCGGAAGAGCAAAAAGCACUUCUGCCACAUCCGUUUUUCUGAGGAAUACAUGGUGGACAAGGCUAUUUAUUUGUCUGGUUAUCGCAUCAGGCUGGGCUCCAGCACUGAUAAAAAGGAUACAGGGCGCCUACACGUGGAUUUUGCUCAAGCCCGGGAUGAUUUCUACGAGUGGGAAUGCAAGCAGCGGAUGCUUGCCCGGGAAGAGCGCCAUCGCAGAAGGAUGGCAGAAAAACAGUUCCACCCUCCCUCCCCACCUCCUGUUGUCCACUAUUCGUAUUAUGAGUGCAGUAUUGUUGCUGAGAAGCUAAAAGAUGAUUCCAAGUUUUUGGAAGCGGUGCAGACACUGCUGGCCUGGAUAGAGCGUGGGGAAGUGAACAGACGGACUGCAAACAACUUCUACUCAAUGAUCCAGUCGGUCAACAGCCACAUCCGCCGGCUUACAAAUGAGAAAGCAGUCCAUGAAAAGGAAAUGGAAGAAGCAAAGGAGAAGUUCAAGCUUGCACUCGCAGGAAUUCUUGCUCAGUUCGAGCAGAUAGUGGCCGUGUACCAUUCUGCAUCCAAACAAAAGGCUUGGGACCAUUUCACGAAAGCGCAACGUAAGAACAUCAGCGUAUGGUGCAAGCAAGCUGAGGAAAUCCGCAACAUUCAGAAUGAUGAGCUGAUGGGCAUCCGACGAGAAGAGGAAAUGGAAAUGUCUGACGACGAGACAGAGCCAUCAGAUGCCAAGGAGAUGGAAGAGUCAGCUUUAAUAUCUCAAGCAGAAGCUCUGAAGGAAGAAAAUGACAGCUUAAAAUGUCAGCUUGAUGCGUACAGGAAUGAGGUGGAUCUCUUAAAGCAAGAGCAGGGCAAAGUGGACAGAGAUGAAGACAUAAGCAAAGACCAGAAAUUAAAGAUUCUCCAGCAGGCUUUGCAAGGCAUGCAGCAGCAUCUCCUGAAACUCCAAGAUGAAUGUGAAAGAAGAGAUGCAGAACUGGAAAAAGUCAAUGAAGAAAAGGCACAACUCGACAAAUUGCUUGAAAGCCUAAAUGAAAAGCAAGAGCUGGCUGCUGGACCAGAAUGGGGGAAAGACUCCAAUGAUCAAGACCACGUGAGUUUCGCCAACGACUUUUCACCAGCUUGCUCAGUGUGCCAGGAAAAGGAGAGCACACUUGAGAGAGGACUCAACGGCAGCCCUAUCAAAUCAGAAAGGGAAGCUUUGCUAGUGGGAAUAAUCUCAACCUUCUUGCACGUUCACCCUUUUGGAGCGAGCAUUGAAUACAUCUGUUCCUACCUCCAGCGCCUUGAUAGCAAGAUUUGUGCUAGUGAAGUGGAAGCCCUCAUGAUGCGACUCCAGCACACUUUCAAGCAGGAGAUGAGUGGUGUUGGAGCAAGCCUUGAAAAAAGGUGGAAAUUCUGUGGCUUUGAUGGACUGAAAACAGCCACAUGAACUUGAAGCUAAUAGGACUUUGGACCAUGGAUUUUUCCCCCCUGAUUUCUAUCAUUGAUAAUAAAGAGAAAGAUUGCAAGCAGAAAUAGUU